GGGGCUGGAACUCUGUAGACAAACAUUAACUUUGGGAUAGACACUGUUUAUUUAUGUUCUACUCCUUCCAUUUUUACUGCAUCUACCAUUUGAUCAACAUGAAAUCAUCUCUGACUCUGCUGUGUCUGGUGGUAUGGGUGAAUGUGGAUGCUUCAUCAGCUCAGACUGAAGUGAAAUGUAAUUUAUCAUUGCCACCAACAAGAGGAACCAGUUACACACCUGCUGACAGAAAUCUGUUCUUGCCUGAUGAACGUGUAACGGUGACCUGUGACUCAGGAUUCUGGAACUCUUUCUCAAGUAACACUGAAGAUACAAUAACCUGCAAAGAGGACGGAAAGUGGUCAUCUUCCACAACCGAUUGUGAACGGAUAACAUGUGGUGAUCCACGUGACCCUCUUGUGAGUUCUCCCUACUACUGGCAGCGGGGUCAAUUGAGAGGAACUCAGCGAUACAACUGUAGAACCGGAUUUAAAACCACAAAUGCCCGGGGUGUUGCCACAUGCACAAGUGAUGGCUCCUGGACUCCAGAACCACUCUGUGAAGAGAUUACAUGUGACAAGCCAGAUAUCCUAAAUGCUGUGAUUAAAGACCCGAAAACAAUAUACAAAAUCAAUGAUCUGCUCACUUAUGAGUGUGAGAUGAAUUAUGAACUAUUGGACAGUAUUACCAGACCUACUGCUACCUGUACUACAAAUGGCUGGACCAAGACACUUGGCUGUAAAGAAGUGAAAUGUAAUUUAUCAUUGCCACCAACAAGAGGAACCAGUUACACACCUGCUGACAGAAAUCUGUUCUUGCCUGAUGAACGUGUAAUGGUGACCUGUGACUCAGGAUUCUGGAACUUUUUCUCAAGUAACACUGAAGAUACAAUAACCUGCAAAGAGGACGGAAAGUGGUCAUCUUCUACAACCGAUUGUGAACGGAUAACAUGUGGUGAUCCACGUGACCCUCUUGUGAGUUCUCCCUACUACUGGCAGCGGGGUCAAUUGAGAGGAACUCAGCGUUACAACUGUAGAACUGGAUUUAAAACCACAAAUGCCCGGGGUGUUGCCACAUGCACAAGUGAUGGCUCCUGGACUCCAAAACCACUCUGUGAAGAGAUUACAUGUGACAAGCCAGAUAUCCUAAAUGCUGUGAUUAAAGACCCGAAAACAAUAUACAAAAUCAAUGAUCUGCUCACUUAUGAGUGUGAGAUGAAUUAUGAACUAUUGGACAGUAUUACCAGACCUACUGCUACCUGUACUACAAAUGGCUGGACCAAGACACUUGGCUGUAAAGAAAUAGAGGGAGCAUGUAUCAACCCAACUGUGAUGAAUGGAUUCAUAGUUCAGUCAAAUGAGAGGAAUGUUGAUCCCAGGAAUAGCAAGAUAUACUAUUCCUGCAAUGUAGGGUUCAAACCUUCUACCGGGGGCUGGUGGGGUGAAGCCACAUGUACUGAGGGAACAUGGUCUGGAAUAUUAGAGUGUAUUGAUCAAUCUAGAUGUGGCAGAAUCCCUGUCAUUCCCAACACAAGAAAGGUACCUCACAGUGAAGUCUAUAACAAUGAACAAACUGUUCAAAUUGAUUGCGAAGUUGGAUACACAUCUGAAACUAAGACUAUAAAAUGUAAGGAUGGAGAAUGGCAAACACCGUUACCAGCUUGUGGACUGCAAGACAUUACAUGUGAUCCUCCACCUAAAGUUGAAAAUGCAAUUGUUAAAAUCCUGUAUCAAAAUAAAUAUAUAGAGGGAUUUGAAGUGAAUUAUGAAUGUCGCAAGUCCUUUGAAAUAGAGGGACAUAAAAAACUUACUUGUGAAAAUGGGAGUUGGACAACUCCACCACCAACAUGCAAACAGUACUGUGGUAAGCCUGAGGGCGCAGGGAGGAGAAUGGAGAUUCCUGACCAAGUGCUGGAGAGAUACGAACAUGGGAACCAAAUAGACUAUACAUGCAUUAGCCCAUACAAAGGCCCCGGAGGAAAAGCAACUUGCAAGAAUGGAGAAUGGCACAUGCCAGUUGAGUGUAACGCAAGCUGUCCUGGUCCUCCUCCCAUUACUAAUGGAGAUUUCACCAAGGAAAAGAGAGAUGUUGAAGGUGUAAUUACAGAGGUGUCCUACCAAUGCAGCAGACAGUUUACACUGAGUUUCACAGGCAGCAUCAGAUGUCUGAAUGGAAAAUGGCAGAGUCCUCCAAAGUGUUUACGGCCUUGUGAGAUUUCCACUUUUGAUGCAGAGUACAAUCUACAGAAUUUACCCAAGAAAGAUUAUACUGCGCACGGUGAAAAAAAGACUCUUCAUUGCGAAGAGGGAUAUUACCAUAAAUUGAAACGUUAUUCACCAUGGAAUAUAGAAGAAAUUGCGGUGAAGUGUGAUGAUGGAGAGUUACAGUAUGGAGAACACAUACCUAUAUGUAGCCAUCGUUAUUCAUAGGUAGAUGAUGAACAUAAGGGAGUCAUGAUGUUCUCUCCAUCAAUUUCAAGAAUCCGUACAAAGCCGCCUUUUUAUGCAAGGAGAAGACCCAUUUGCUUUUGUGGUGUCUGUCGCUUGUUUAAUUUAGAUUUAGAAGAAAUGUGAGCCAUCCAGUAAUGGAAUACAUGUGUCUUUUCAACAUUUUACAUUGUAUCAUCAUUGAAACAAAAUAACAGUAUCUUUCUCAGCUUCACUAUAAUAACAGUACAGCUAUCUAAAGCUAGACUAAAAUGGUACAUUCGUUAUAUUAGUACAAAGUGAUGUGAUUGUGUGAAUAUCCUUCUAUCAAGUUUAUAAAUUGCCUGGCUGGGCUGAUGAGACAGUGGAUUGCGCAGUCAGUUGAAACAGAGUAAAUAGGCAUUUUAACAUCAUAGAUUCAGCCAGUGGUAGCUUGUGGAAUAGGCACCGGCUGGAAUGCGGUCUUAACCAAUCAGCAUUCAGGAUUAGACCGACACGCUCUAUAAUGUGUGAAUAUUCUCCUGUAUCUCCCAGCUGUGUGAUUCAUUACCUGAAGGUGAACAACUGUUAUGAUUGUGAUUGACCUUAUCAAGACAAUAAAGUUGUGGAAAAGAGAUGACA